AUGAUGAUAGCUUUGACCCCUUGCAGACAACACCGGCCGCCUCAACACAUUUCGCCUUGCCUUCGUCCUUUCGCCUUUCAUAGCGUGUUUCAUCGCUUCAUGUCAAGCACACUGCAGUAGAAACGCAUACAGGCAAAGCACUACCUGCCCAAGUGGCCUGAAAAUUAAAGGAAGUUCUAACUGCCAGAAUAUGGUCGUCAAGGGUGUUCUGAAAUUGAGCAUACUCGGCGGGGCGGUCUACGCGUCGCAAAAAGCCGGUGUAUGGGGCGACAGUACGCAGACUACCGAAAACAUCAAAGCGUACAUCAACGACAACCCCACCUUGAAGUAUUACUGCACUUUGGCACCAAGCAGGAAAGAACUUGGCAUGAAGGCUGUGGACUGCUGGAACGAUAGUGUCAAGGCCACAUUCAAGCACCUCUUGAACACACCAGAAUAUUCAAAGCAAGCUGCUUCCUGGUGUGUCAAUGCUGUGUCUGGGCUGAUGGAGGAGCCAAAGACGCCACCUGUUGACACCAAGAAGCCAUCGCAAUAAUUUUCCAGAGCUUAGGUGCUUGACUGCAGUAAAUUGGUUGCAACUUGUGCAAAUAAAACUCUAGGGCCGUUCAGUUUCUUCUAGUC